GAUCAAACUAACGCACAUUUUCUUUCCUUACAAUACAAUUCUAUUUUGUUACUUUUAGCUGAAGGAACGCACGCUUUGUUGAGUGGCUUUACUUCAACAAUUUCCCAAGAUAUUUAAUUCAACACUUUCACGGCAGGGAACUCCUUUUUAUACGACUGUAGUUGUAUCAAAUGUCUUAAAUAAGUAUUCAAAAUCAUUUUGAUUCCGACACCACGUGCUUUUUCUGAUGUAAUUAUUCUGCGAGACUGGUUCAUUUUAUAUUUUCUAAUAGUCGGAAUGUUUUAUAAAGCCUUCGUCAAUGCUGGUUAAUUUGCUGGGAAUUUCCGUAGUUGCAAUCAUGAGGCACUGUGUUGAGUGUUUAAAAAGACGUAAACAUGACUACAAAAUGCAAUUGUACGUUGGCUCAAUUUUACCAUCAGAUACCAUUGAUUGCUGAGCUUUCAAAUCACAGAAUUACUAUUAUUAUUUGUGAUUACUUCUAUCUUGACUGAUACCUUAGACUGUAGAGACUUAAUCGAUUCAUAAGUCCGAUCAAUCAACAAACCUCGCCCUUUCAUACAUUUAAGCUGAAUCUCGCAACUGGCUCCCAAAUUCAAUUUUGCCUGAUUAAAUCAAAUUCCAUAUCACCUUAUCUAUCACCUGUUAGCAAAUUUACUCUGAAUUUUUGUCAUUAAAUACUGCGUCUAGAUACUUAAGAUUCCCCGGUUGAAUCUGAUUCAAACUGCUAGAAAAUCUUAUUGCAAAUUUGAGCUCGAUAAUAAACAAAUUGUAUACUCGGCUGAAUCCACUUGAAACCUGGUCAAGUUCGAGUUGGACUCGGAAUUGCGGACAAAUAUCAAAGAAUGACCGAAACGUCAGCAACCAGCUUCUCGACUGUUCCCAACUUUACGAAGCUAAACGGCUAUGAUUUGGGGAAUGGACAACGAGGCGCGAGUGUUGUGGGUGUGGAUGUGUUGGGUGCAUCGGACGUGAUCAAAAUAGGGAAUGUUAGUGGGCGCAUUAAGUUCAACAUGCUGGCGGACAAGAAGAGACUCAUUCAGUUCACGCCCUUUCUAGACUACUCGCAGUUGGAGGAGGGGGCAGAGGUCGAGUUCCCAGCCACUCUUGUCCUCAUCAAUUCCAUCAUACACAAUCCGUCCCAAAAAAGAAGUGACUUCUGGGUGGUGUAUGGUGGCCUCGGAGACCAAAUGCUGUGUGUUAUCGAAGACGCAGCUAUCCAGUCCCAAGAUCUGGCUAAAUCCAAACCCCAUGAGUUCUACUAUGUGGGGAGACUAAAAGGAAGAACUAUAGUUUACGAGCACAAGGAAAGCUACUACAAGAGUCGCUGCACCAAUACUGUCACGGUGCAGAAGAAUCAAAACAGGCAAUACGAAGCUAUCAAGAAACCAGCUUCUCUGCUCAAAAUCAAUAAUCGCUAUCCGAAAAAGAAGAGCAGCAGUAAAAGUGGAGGUCAAGACGAUGAUAUUUUGAACAGGGAAAAGUGGAACAACAAAGCUCAAUAUCUCCUAUCAUGUGUUGCAUUUGCCAUUGGACUAGGAAAUGUUUGGAGAUUUCCGUGGCUGGCACAGAAGUAUGGUGGGGGUGCUUUCCUAAUUGCAUACUGUCUGAGUUUCUGCUUUGUCGGUUUGCCAAUGUUUGUCCUGGAAGUCUCAAUCGGUCAGAGGAUGCAGAGAGGUCCUCUGCUGGUCUGGGCGGCAAUAAACCCAGCUGCGUGUGGAAUCGGAAUCGCGUGUAUGAUAGUGGCGUUUGUGAAUUCAGUGUAUUACAGUGUGGUCGUUAGUUGGUGCCUGUUUUACUCAUUAAAAUCUUUCGGAUACCCUGCACCUUGGUACGAUUGUUCAGACUUGCGAGAUAAAGAGGGACCCUUAGCGGAGUGUGAACAAUGGGGAGCUGUGAGGUACUUCUGGUACAGAAACACCCUGGAUGUUUCCCCGGCUAUUGACGAAGGAGUGGGAUUCAACAUUAAGAUCAGUGCGACCUUGGUGUUUGCAUGGCUCAUCAUUUUCCUGUCUCUCAAUAAGGGAAUCAGAAGGUCGGGCAGACUGUCUUACUUCACAGCUCUCUUCCCUUAUUUCGUGAUGGCCAUCUUUCUCAUCAGAGGGUUUACUCUGGAAGGCUUCGAAAAUGGACUUCAGAGGAUGUUCUCACCAGACAUGUCCAGACUGUGGGAUCCCAUUCUCUGGUUGGAAGCAUCGGCACAGAUAGUUUUCUCGCUCUCUGUCGGAUUCGGAGGCUACAUGGCAUUCUCGUCCUACAUGCCCCUGGACAACAACUGUUACCGAGAUUGCAUUCUGAUUGGACUCAUUAACUGUGCCACGUCAAUCAUGGUCAGCAUUGUGGUGUUCUGUGUUCUUGGAUUCCGAGCUACAAAGCAGUACCAAGAAUGUCUUCAGCAGAAAGAGCAACUCAAUUCUACUCAGGCACCCCAGGAAUGUGUACUUAAUAACUUCCUGGACAACGCGGCUGAAGGUACUGGAAUCGCGUUUAUCGCAUUUACAGAAGCCAUGAAUAGUUUCGGAUCUAUUUCACCGCUGUUUGCGGCUCUGUUUUUCCUUAUGUUGGUCACUCUUGGAAUCGGAUCUAUGUUCGGAACCCUACAAGGUAUCCUGACUUCGCUCUACGACGUUUUUCUAAAAGGAAACGUGACUCCGAAGAUGGUUUCAAUUUCGACAUGCUUGGCCUGUCUUUCUCUGUCUCAGAUUUUCAGUCUCACAAAUGGAGAGUACUUCAUGCAGAUAUUUGACAAGUAUGCGGUCACUCUACCACUGCUCAUCAUCACCUUUUUCGAGCUGCUCGCAAUCAAUUGGUACUGGGGCAUCAAGCGAGUGGCAGAUGACAUCCAUCUGAUGUGUGGGAGAAGACCCUCGUUCUUUUUCCUGCUCUGUUGGAGAUACAUCACCCCCACCCUCAUGGCCACCCUGUUCCUUGGCAGUGUCAUUUCUGUCAUCAACGAGGGGGGAGAGACUUAUGACAGGUGGGACGACAACCUGGGCAAAGUAGUGAAGCACGAGAUGCUGCCUCUUUGGGCCCAGUUCCUGUGUGGAAUAGUGGCCGCACUGUCCACCCUCUCCAUCCCCAUAAUCCUCAUCGGAACAAAGCUGGGAUGCUGGAAGAUAGAGUUCAACUUUGUGGAGGACGAUUUUGUGAGCGAACAUGUGUUGAAUAAGCUGUGGAAUAAGCACAACGUGGAGUUCUAUACUCCGAAUAGACUGGAGAGGUGGAUUCUGCGGAUGAAGAAACCAUCAGCUGAAGAGAGGUUUUCGGAUUCGAGCCUGUACCCGCCUGCUAGACAGGUGUCGACUGCGGAUGCGCCACUCGGACGAGAGCUGAAAAUGGUGUCGGGGGCUGCAAAUGGGGAUGCUUAUGACAGCAUGAACGAACUCACACUUGGUUCGAUCACCAGUGAGAUGAACGGAUUUCUGACAGAAAAUCUAUAUGGAAAACAAAAGAAUGAAAAGCCUCCUCAGGAAGCGAUCAAAUUGAAGGUGAAAAGACCUUCCCUCGUAGGCGCAUUCCAGCCCCCAAUUGCUGAGAGCUCCAUCCCCUGUUCGUCCAAUACGUCAUCAUCUCCUUCUAGACCUCCGACCUCGAACGCGAAAUUAGAACGUCAGGGGUCGUCGGUUGAUUACGACAACAUGACUUCUUCCUCCAGCAGUGAUUUGGCCUUGAAUAUGAAACCGAAGCCUGGUCAAUUGGUGGUUGACAUAGAGAAGAACUUUUGACGACUGAAGAAAUGUUUAUUCACGUGGAUAGAUACUUAUUUAGGACGACUUAGACUUGCUGCACCUUUCGACCUCUUUGUUUUGAUUUGAAAAACUGCUUUCGGAGUAGCUUAGCCGAACCGUUUAUGUAUUCGAGAUUUUGUUUCUGUUAAUUCUAUAUUGGCUAUUGCUGAGUUAGACUAUGAUGACAGAUAGAACCUGAUUAUGUUUUUUGUUAAGCUGCAUUUUUAGUCAAGUAUUUUUGGACUGUAUUUAUUUUAUUGUAAAAUUUAGUGAAUUUAAU